GAGCUCCUGGCCUGGCCCUCCCUUGGCCGGGCGAGGCGCCGGGCAAGGCGCCAGGCGGCGCCGCCGCUCGUCGGGCGCCCCCGGCCUUCAGCUCGCUGUCGCCCGCCGAGCGGCGCCGCUUUGGCCUCGAGGACAGUGGCAGCGAUGGCGGGCCCGCUCUCGAGGCGCCCGCCGCCGCCUCGGCGCCUGCAGCCCGCGUGGCCCCGCCCGCGCCGGCCAGCCCGGCCUGGAGCAGCCUCUCGGCCGAGGACAGGCGGCGCUUCGGCCUGGACGAGGGGGAUGCCGCUCGGGAGGCGGCCGAGGACCCGAACGACGCCCCCGAGGAGGUGCACUACUGCAGGCCCCUCCGCGAGACGAUGGCGCUGCUUGAGGCCUCCUCCUGCUCCGGGACGCAGUCGGAGCGGGAGCUGCGGCGGGAGCUGAACAAGCUGCAGGAGUCCGAGCGGCGGCUGGAGACCGCGAAGAACAGCCGCCCCGCUGUGUGAGCCCGGCUCGUGCACACGCGGGCUUGCGAGAGGCCCCAGCUGCCCGAGGCACGGUGCCACAAGACUGCUUGUAAGCUUCGGAUCCAAACAAAAACGUUGGCAUCCCAGCGUUCCGCCGACGGAGCCGCCCUCGUUUUGCUUCCGCCGCCCUCCGCAGGCCUUCUGCCGCCCUUCGUCAAGGAAGUGAUGCCGACCACUUCGACUCGCGAAGGCGAAGCCCUGUCUGCCUCGUCCUGCCUUCUCCUAAUGCCGCCCUCCUUCCUCGUCCUCCUUUCUUGCCCGUGCCCCUCCCCCAUCCUCUCCUCGCCCUGCUCCCCGCUUCCCUCCUU